AUGGCCGCUUGCAGGGCGGACUAACGUGAAUGUGACUAAGUAGGGCCCGAUUUCUCUGAAAUAUGGCCGCACUUGAUGUUGUUUCACCCAGCACAUUCAAAGCAUUGCAAAAUCUUGACAUUGAGUGUCUUGCUUACCUUAGUGAAAAUGAACUGAGACCAAUUUUACCGUGUUUAGUGCGGAUGUCCCUAUGCGCCCCCUCUGACAACGGUGAGAGAUGGAUGGAAAGCAAGAAGAGUUUACUUCGUAUUUUGUCUGGGAUCGAAGUCGUCAACAGCGUAGUGCAGUUGUUGUCAGUUGAUUUCCACGAACUAGAAAUAGAUGCCAAAAAAGAGCAGCAUUUAAGGACCAAAGCUGGGAGUAGCCAGAGUGAGAGCAUGCUGAUUUCACAGCUCCAGAAUAGUCUGUCCCUUGAGUUUGAGCGUGCUGAUGCGCCAAGGAGGUUACGUCUUGUGCUAAGUGAAGUUUUAUUUGUAGUGUCACAGAUGAGAGAAACUAGAACUGAGUUCUACCAUAAACCAUCUGAGUUAUUUGAAUGUGAUGUUUAUUUAGAAGAAGUUGCAGAUGUGAUUUGCAUUGCCCAAGCAGAAUUACCGAGACUUCUUCCAGUGACAGAGGUCGCUGAGGCCAUGCUUCAUGUUAAAAAUGGACACUUGAUAUUAUGCAGACUGGUAGCUAAUUUACCAGAAUCCUUUUCGGAAGUAUGCAACAGCCUGAUUUCCACUGGAGAGAAACAGGAUGAAGAUAUGCUAUCAGGGAGAAGGAGGAUGCAAGCAAUAAGAGCUCUCUGUAACAUGAAUCCUGAAGAAAUUCUCAGUGUCAGAGCAAUGUGUCUGGAACAUUGUAAGAUGCCUGGUCUAGCUGUGGCCUUGACCCUGCUCCCUCAGACCACCAGCAGCCUGAGCAGUGGUGGGGGUGGGGCCACUAAUGACCUUGUGUCAUUUGUCAGUGGCAUCCUGCUGGGCAAUGACACCAAUGUCAGGAGCUGGUUUGCACAGUUUGUGAAAAAUGGACAAAAGAGAAAGCGUGACCCCACUGGUUCUAUGCUGCAUGCCAUGAGGCAGAAGUUACUGGAACAACUUGUCUCACUGAUACCUGACAGUGGGGAAAGGUUCACAGAGGAGGCUGUGGUCCAGGCCAGUGGCUUCUUCAGGCUGUAUGCUGCUUUGAAGGGAAUAGCAGCCCUCAAGUUUAGUGAGGAAGAAGCUAAGCUCAUCCUACGUCUGAUAACAUCCCAUCCCCCUCAUAAUGCUGCAGGGGUAAGAUUUGUGUCCUUGGCUAUGAGUAUGUUGAUAGCCAGUCCAUCUUUACUGGGUACUCCAGAACAAGAACGAAUGGCAAUAGAUUGGAUCAAGGGGCUUAUUGAUGAGGAAGAAUCUUAUGAAAGUGAAAAUGAACUGAGACCAAUUUUGCCGUGUUUAGUGCGGAUGUCCCUUUGCGCCCCCUCUGACAACGGUGAGAGAUGGAUGGAGAGCAAGAAGAGUUUACUUCGUAUUUUGUCUGGAAUCGAAGUUGUCAACAGCGUAGUGCAGUUGUUGUCAGUUGAUUUCCACGAACUAGAAAUAGAUGCCAAAAAAGAACAGCAUUUAAGGACCAAAGCUGGGAGUAGCCAGAGUGAGAGCAUGCUGAUUUCACAGCUCCAGAAUAGUUUGUCCCUUGAAUUUGAGCGUGCUGAUGCGCCAAGGAGGUUACGUCUUGUGCUAAGUGAACUUCUAUUUGUAGUGUCACAGAUGAGAGAAACUAGAACUGAGUUCUACCAUAAACCAUCUGAGUUAUUUGAAUGUGAUGUUUAUUUAGAAGAAGUUGCAGAUGUGAUUUGCAUUGCCCAAGCAGAAUUACCGAGACUUCUUCCAGUGACAGAGGUUGCUGAGGCCAUGCUUCAUGUUAAAAAUGGGCACUUGAUAUUAUGCAGACUGGUAGCUAAUUUACCAGAAUCCUUUUCGGAAGUAUGCAACAGCCUGAUUUCCACUGGAGAUAAACAGGAUGAAGAUGUGCUAUCAGGGAGAAGGAGGAUGCAAGCAAUAAGAGCUCUCUGUAACAUGAAUCCUGAAGAAAUUCUCAGCGUCAGAGCAAUGUGUCUGGAACAUUGUAAGAUGCCUGGUCUAGCUGUGGCCUUGACCUUGCUCCCUCAGACCACCAGCAGCCUGAGCAGUGGUGGUGGGGCCACUAAUGACCUUGUGUCAUUUGUCAGUGGUAUCCUGCUGGGCAAUGACACCAAUGUCAGGAGCUGGUUUGCACAGUUUGUGAAAAAUGGACAAAAGAGAAAGCGUGACCCCACUGGUACUAUGCUGCAUGCAAUGAGACAGAAGUUACUGGAACAACUGGUCUCACUGAUACCUGACAGUGGGGAUAGGUUCACAGAGGAGGCUGUGGUCCAGGCCAGUGGCUUCUUCAGGCUUUAUGCUGCUUUGAAGGGAAUAGCAGCACUCAAGUUUAGUGAGGAAGAAGCUAAGCUUAUCCUACGUCUGAUAACAUCCCAUCCCCCUCAUAAUGCCGCAGGUGUGAGAUUUGUGUCCCUGGCAAUGAGCAUGCUGAUAGCCAGUCCAUCUUUAUUGGGUACUCCAGAACAAGAACGAAUGGCAAUAGAUUGGAUCAAGGGGCUUAUUGAUGAGGAAGAAUCCUAUGAAAGGAAAGUUAGUGGGACUGCAUCAUUUGGUGAAUUGUUGCUGUUGAUAGCCAUUCACUUCCACAGUUUCCAGACCAACUCCAUAGCAGAUCUUGUCUGCUCUACACUGGGCAUGAAGCUGUCAGUCAAAGCCAACUCUUUGGCCAGAUUAAAGACCAUUUUUACACAAGAAAUCUUCACAGAGAAGGUUGUUGCUGCCCAUGCCAUCCGUGUCCCUGUAACCCCCUGUCUUAGUGCCUCCAUACCUGGCUUUCUGCCUGUGCACUGUAUAUCACAGCUGUUGAAAAGCAGGGCCUUUUCCAAGCACAAAGUACCAAUAAGGGGUUGGAUAUACAAGCAGAUCUGUAGUUGCAGCACACCCAUACACCCACUGAUGCCCCCUCUGGUGGACGCCUACGUCAACUCCAUCAUCACUCCAGCCAGCAAGACUGACCAUACCAACAAACCUUUCUCAGAGGAGGAAGUGCUUGCUGUAUUUGUGAACAGUGACCAGAAGAAUGACCAGUCCGAGAUGGACUGUAGAGUGACCAAAACUUCUCUACCUGUGCAGUUGCUGAUGACUUACUAUGUGAUGUUGUAUCAGGACAGUCUGUUAUCUAAUAUGAAAGCAAUAGUGACAUCAAAGAGAGAUAUUGUGCAGUAUUCCCAGCAUGUAGUAGCCAAAAUUCCUAUCAAAUAUUUACUACAGCAAGCACAAAAGGAGCAGCAGCAGUUUGCAGGGCUUUUUGCCCCUCUUCUCAAGUUGAUAGCAACAAAUUACCCACACUUGUGUCUAGUUGAAGACUGGCUACAGGAAGAAAUGAUGUCAGUUUCACCACUUCCAAAUCAUGGUAUACCUGUAGCCAAAACCACUGUGGAGAGCAUGCAAAAAGGUUUUGCCCAGGUUAAAGAGUGCCCAUCUGUUUUGAUAAUGCAACUAGAACAUCUUCUCACACUGCCUGUGAAGAGCAUCCUCCCGAAAGUUAGUGGGACUGCAUCAUUUGGUGAAUUGUUGCUGUUGAUAGCCAUUCACUUCCACAGUUUCCAGACCAACUCUAUAGCAGAUCUUGUCUGCUCUACACUGGGCAUGAAGCUGUCAGUCAAAGCUAACUCUUUGGCCAGAUUAAAGACCAUUUUUACACAAGAAAUCUUCACAGAGAAGGUUGUUGCUGCCCAUGCCAUCCGUGUCCCUGUCACCCCCUGUCUUAGUGCCUCCAUUCCUGGUUUUCUUCCUGUGCACUGUAUAUCACAGCUGUUGAAAAGCAGAGCCUUUUCCAAGCACAAAGUACCAAUUAGGGGUUGGAUCUACAAGCAGAUCUGUAGUUGCAGCACACCCAUACACCCACUGAUGCCCCCUCUGGUGGAUGCCUACGUCAACUCCAUCAUCACUCCAGCCAGCAAGACAGACCAUACCAACAAACCUUUCUCAGAGGAGGAAGUGCUGGCUGUAUUUGUGAACAGUGACCAGAAGAAUGACCAGUCCGAGAUGGACUGUAGAGUGACCAAAACUUCUCUACCUGUGCAGUUGCUGAUGACUUACUAUGUGAUGUUGUAUCAGGACAGUCUGUUAUCUAAUAUGAAAGCAAUAGUGACAUCAAAGAGAGAUAUUGUGCAGUAUUCCCAGCAUGCAGUAGCCAAAAUUCCUAUCAAAUAUUUACUACAGCAAGCACAAAAGGAACAGCAGCAGUUUGCAGGGCUUUUUGCCCCUCUUCUCAAGUUGAUAGCAACAAAUUACCCACACUUGUGUCUAGUUGAAGAUUGGCUACAGGAAGAAAUGAUGUCAGUUUCACCACUUCCAAAUCAUGGUAUACCUGUAGCCAAAACCACUGUUGACAGUUUACAAAAAGGUUUUGCCCAGGUUAAAGAGUGCCCAUCUGUUUUGAUAAUGCAACUAGAACAUCUUCUCACACUGCCUGUGAAGAGCAUCCUCCCAUUUGCUGAGUGUAUUGUUGGAAGUUUAGCAGUACUGCUGGAGGAUGGUACAUCACGAAGGGUGUUAGAACUGGUACAUAGAAUAUGGGUUCAGCUGAAUAUGUUAGCACCACGGAGACUGGGUAUUUUGACAGUGAAUGCCUUGAGACCCCAUCAUCAGGCUGCUUUCAAAGAACAGCCAUAUACCCAGGACAAUGUGACAGUAGACCCCCUCAUUGUACUCAGGUGUGAUCAGAGGGUGUUUAGAUGCCCUCCUAUAUUUGACCUAGUAUUGAGGGUCCUCUCAGCCUUCCUGCAGGCGUCCAGGAGGUACCUGUCCCAGCACAUCCAAGCCAACCCUAAGCUGGACAAGGGAACACCAGUACCCAAUGACUUUGAGAGGGAGGAACUGAAAGGAGCUUUAAUAGCUGCCCAGGAGUCGGCUGCCGUCCAGAUCUUGCUGGAGUGUUGCCUGCCCAGGGAUGCAGAAAAAGCAAAAGGCAGUUUGUUGAGCAAGCAGAGAGAAAUCCAGUGUCUUGUAUGCUCUCAUCUACAUCAAAUGUUCAUAGCAGACCCCAAUCUGGCCAAACUGGUGCAUUUUCAGGGUUACCCAAGUGAACUGUUGCCAGUGACAGUGGCUGGAAUCCCCUCAAUGCAUAUUUGCUUGGACUUUAUCCCAGAGUUAAUCAGUCAACCACAGAUAGAAAAACAGGUGUUUGCAAUAGAACUGGUUUCCUACCUCAGUAUGCAGUAUGCUUUACCCAAGUCCCUGGGUAUUGCCAAGUUAGCGGUGAAUGUAAUGCUCACUUUACUUGGAGUUUUGCCCUGUGAUGUAAUCCCAGAAUUCUUCCUGCCCACUCUCCCAGCCAUGGUGAGAAUCUGCCAGGCUUUCCCCCCUCUCCAUGAUGAUGUUACAGCCCUGCUGCUGCAGCUGGGGAAAGUGGCCACGGCCAACCUCACUGCCUUCGAUAAUAUUUCUACUGAUAUCAAUCCAGUAAUGAGAGAUGAUGAAGAAAAGAGUGAGAGGUCAAAAGACCAUCUUAGCCUUAUUAACAGGUAUGGACUAUUGAGCCAGCUGACCCAGAAAACUUUCAGUGAAAUAGUGAACACUGCUGUUGUGACCAAAAACAUCUACUGAGUUCUAUUAUGUGUGUUUAAUCAAAAUGCCAAGGUAGAAUUUUUUUAAGAAGGGAUGAAUCAGAAAAAUACAAAAUCUGUGAAUCUUCAUUAUACUCUUGUACUACAAGGAGAUAUGAACUACUAUACAAUUUUAGUACUGUUCAGUUGUCAUCCAGAUACUUUGAAUGAUAACUUUAAAAUCCUAGGGAAUGGUUGAUAUUAAGGGAAUAUCAAUUUUUUUUUGUACAUUUGUCAUGUUAGUUUGAAGGGAAAGAAUGUUUUUCCAUAUUUCUUAUAUUCAUGUACAUAUGUAUCUUUACAUGAAAGUUUAUUUUAGAUAAUAAAAGUAGUAAAACUUGAAAAACAAUGCCAGUGAAAUGCACAAAAGCAACUCUUUACUAGAUAAGCCCAU